UGGUCAGCGUUAGCUACAUUUCUAAGAUCUAAAUGCAAUUAUAGGAAAGUGCGACAUUAUAUUCCCGAUGUUCUAGUGUAGGGGGUAUUUACUAUCUUGCCGGUCCUAGUUGGUCUUUUCCUAUGUGCAGUUGAGCCGUUAAGGCAGCAAAUCAGAAACGGUACGCGUCCUCAACAACCUUUUUUUUUUAUUAAUUGAGCUCAUCGACACUGCAGCUAUGGAAGUAUAUUUAGCAGUGAUUUUGACUACAUUUACAAUCGAUGUUGCCAAUGCAAUCGAUCCGUUUCUCAUCAAAGAUUGUAAACGUGGGUAGGUCCCAAUAGAUUGCAGUAUUGAUUGCUAGCUGAAAGUGUUUCAAAGUGGGAAGUGACGCUUUGUGGAGGAAUCUGAGGAAAAAAAAAUUUAAAAAGUUUACGGUUUCAUUAGUAAAUCGCUGCCGUUACACUAGCUUACCGUCAACUUUAGCUGCAGCAGGACACCGUCAAAACGGGGAAAUGAAGGCGCAUGUGCCAUGGAGGAACAGAGUUUAAUGGUGUUGUCCAUGAAUGAGAAAAACACACAGACUUCUUCAGAUCUGCUCACCCCAGGCCGGUGCCCUCUGAGUGGGUCACGAAGAACUUCAGAGGGGAAGAGAAGAUUAUCCUGGUUGACCUUAUUACUGCCAACUCUGAUGUCAAUGUAGUUUUACAGCCUUAUUUCACUGAUAUUUGGAUUUGAUAUAUCCAAGUGAUCCAGUGGAGCAUUACUAGCUGGUUUGGUUGAAAAUAUUCACCUGGCUCGGCUUCUUCAUGCCCGUCAUGAGUGUACCAGCCCAGCAGAAACCCAGCGCCAAGAGAACAGGCAAACGCAUAACGUUUUUCAACGAUCAAAGCCUAGCAAUGAAGGAGACUUCUCAACACCCCGAAGGGUCCUACUAUGGCCCGGGUGGCACUGCCUCAGAUCCCGGACAGAGCGAGGCUGCAAGAACUGUGACUUCCAAUCCAGAGGCCCCUCACAUGUACCUCAACUCUGUCAUCUUCAGCCCAGAUAAGGGUGACCAGAGCAGGGGUCAUUAUCAGCAGACCGUGCCUAUGAAAUGGGCCCACCAGGAGCCCAGUCAACAGCAGCCAUCUCUGUCCCAACAGCACAGAGCUGCCUCCUGGAAUACCAUGACUAACUGGGGACAAAACUUUGCUAAUUACAUCGGAGGAGUUAAUGUACCAGACUCAAGGACCCAGAAUGCAUUUGUGAAGUCAAUGCAUGAGACUUCUGGCUUACAGCCACAUCAGCAGCCCCCCACCAGAGCUGCAGACAAGCAGCCUCUGGGGCCUAACCCUGCAGUUGAAGUGUACAGCGAUGCUGUUAAGGCUCGGGGACUGGAUUGGGAUCAGCAGCAGCAGUCCCAGGCCUUUCAGGAGACCUUGAAACCUGGGGCGCUGAACACCCAACAGCACAGCACAUCCCAUCCAGGAGGAAGCUCGGUCUUGCAGCCCUUCCAAUUGGCCUUUGGUCAGCCCAAGCAGCACCUGCCAGCGUACUACCAGACCUUUCAAGGCAACAGGACAACCCUACCUAACCCACCUAACUACUCAACACAAGCAAAACCCCCACACCAGUUGCAGCAGAAGCAAGAGCAAAUCCAACGCCAGCAACAACAUCAUCACAUAAUCCAGCAGCAAAUUCAGCAGCAGCACCAUCAACAAAUGCAGCAGCAACAAAUCAUUCAGCAUCAACAGCAUGUACAGCUUCAGCAACAAGUACAGCACGAGCAACAACAACAAAAGAUACAACAGCAGCAGCAGCAGCUUCAAAUUCAGCAGCAAAUGCAACAUCAGCAGUUGCAACAACAAAACCCUCAUGUGCUUGACUAUUACCCCGGUGCACAAAAUGCCCACCCCCACCCGCAUCCACAGCCUGUGGUGGUACACUCCCAGGAGUCCUCUGCUCUAACUGCCCCAAAGAUCCAGGAACCAAUUAUCCAGGACAUCACCCCAGAACCCCAGCAGCCUUCAGAUCCACUGCUGCCCCCACUCCAGUCUGAGGCCCUGUCCCAGUCACAACCCCAGACACAAUCCCAAACGCAGCUCCGCAGAUCACGACGGCUCUCAAAGGAAGGCGGGGCGCCGUCCGACAACCCUUUCCUCUCUGUCUCUUCGGACCAGGCUUCCCCGGGGCCGCAGGGCUCCCAGAACGGGGGCCUUGACAUCCAGGCAGCCCCAACAGGCGUGAUCCAGAGCACGCGGAGGAAACGCAGGGUCUCCCAGGAGGUCAACCUGGAGACCCUUGCUCAGAAGGCCUCAGAAAUGGAGUCUCUACCAUCACAAGUGUUAAAGGAGCCCCACAGGCCGUGGAGUCCCUCUGAAACAGGGGGUCUGAACGCCAAGCGGCCUCGAGACGACAGCCUCCUUCCGCUUGUCAUCCCUGUGUCUGUUCCAGUGCGAAGGCAGGAACCCUACUCUCCAGACAGAGAUGAAGCAGCCCUGGCCUCCAACUGGCCCCCCAGGCCUUUAAACCCCCACGAUCUCGUCUGCGCCGACCACAAGCCCUCGGUCAUCGUCACCCGGAGACGCUCACUCAGGAACUCCUUGUCGGAGAGCUCAGAGCAGAAUGGAAGAACUGAAGGGGAGAAAGACGAUGACGGCAAAAAGUCUAAACGGCGUCCCCGGCCUGAGCCUCUUUUCAUCCCGCCGCCUAAACCUGGUUUAUUCAUCGCCCCUCCUGUCUACUCCAGCAUCACACCCUACCAGAGCCACCUACGUUCCCCAGUUCGCCUCACCGAAAACCCCCUCUCCAUACCCCCCUACACGCCUCCGCCAAUCCUCAGCCCUGUCCGUGAGGGCUCUGGCCUUUACUUCUCCACUUUCCUGUCGUCUGCCGCAGCCAGCGGCCAGGGCCUGCCACCCCCUGCGACACCCAAGUCAGCAACACGCAGCCUGUUACGCUCCAACAGCUGCGACAUCACACCACCAGUUCUGUCUGCGAUGGGCGAGGCCACUCCAGUCAGCAUAGAGCCACGGAUAAAUAUUGGGUCACGGUACCAGGCCGAGGUGCCAGAGCUAAGGCAGCGGACAGCUGUCGAGCUGGAUCAUCAUCGAGCUGAGCUGGUCUGGGCUCCACUGAAUGAACUGGAGGAAAAACCUGACUUCCAGCAGAAAGUGGAAGACCUCAUGCACCUGGCCUGCUCCAGUGCUUUGUGUGGAGGAGGCACCAACCAGGAGUUAGCCCACCAUUGUCUGUACGAGUGCAAAGGGGACAUAAUGGCUGCUCUGUCCCUCCUAAUGCUGAGGAAUCCAAUUUUCCCCAAGUCUCAUCCUAUUGCGAACUACCACUACUCAGGAUCAGACAGCUGGACCACAGCAGAGAGACGCCAGUUCAACAAAGGCAUCACUGCAUACAAGAAGGAUUUCUUCAUGGUACAGAAACAGGUGAACACUAAGUCAGUGGCGCAGUGUGUGGAGUUUUACUACACGUACAAGAAACAUGUCAAGAUCGGGCGCAACGGGACGCUGAUCUACGGCGAGGCGGAGCCGCUUGAGAGCAAGACCACUGAGGAGGAGACGGAUCACAAGCAGGGCUCUCACAGAUUGGAGCCACAGAGGGAGGAGGACAGCAGGAAAUGGGAAGGGUCAGCUGACAGGAAACAGGAUGUCGGCCCCACCAGGGUGACACAGACGCUGCAGGCCGCUGAGAAUCCUGGGACCGUCCUGAUCAUGAAAGGCCAGGAGGACGUGGGGAAGGAGCAGCAGCCGCCGUCCUGGGUCAUCCACCCCCCUCAGCCACCCCCUCCCAGCUCCAAAGCUCGCAACGACAGCAACGCACGCAAGACCAGCCCUCCAACAGCCAACAAAGGCUCAGCUGGUCCGGAGGGCGAGUUCCCCUGCAAGAAAUGUGGCAGGGUUUUCUACAAGGUGAAGAGCCGCAGCGCCCACAUGAAGAGCCAUGCCGAGCAGGAGAAGAAGGCGGCAGCGCUGCGGCAGAAAGAGGCUGAGGAACGAGCCGCCGCUGAGGCCGCCGCCGCCCUCGCCGCACGCCAGCAGAAUGGGACGCGACAGUUGGGCGGAGACAGCACCAACGACGAUUCCUCGGACGCGGAGGACGUGGACGAUGAGGACUGGCCGUAAGAGAAAGGCCGCACACACUGACUGCACCAUGCAGCGUGGCUUUACGCUCUGGGACGGAAGGAGGGAAAUUUAAAAAAAAAAAAAAAAAAAGAAAAGAAGAAUCCCCUUCUGUGAACUCUGUAUUUUGUGGAACAAGACUUCCGUUGCUUGGCACAUUCAGGGACAGAUUUACUCCCGUGUAUGUGUUUGUGAAUGUUUGGAUGAGUGUGUGUGUGUGUGUGUGUGUGUAUGUGUGUGUGUGUGUAACAGAGUGUGUAUGUGCUUUCCAAAACUCACCAACGCCCCCUUUACUCUGCUUGAAAAGCUUUUCAAGAGUUACCUCUCUUGGUCACAGGGCUCGGUAAAAAUCAAAGCCAUGAUCUCGGCGCUCUCCAUGCCAGGCCGUGGCCUUUCUCAGCACUUCGAGUCUCGCCCUGCUUCUUUCGACGGGCGGAGAACUUGUUGGAUCCCUUUUUUUUUUUUUCUGUCUCUCGAUGAGCCACAGCACGCGCUUGCUUAAGCUGCAUCCCAACUGGAUGAAGUUUUGGCGACAUGAACACUGAAAUCUGACAGCUGGGGGAGUGCGGCGAGGCGACCAAACGGAGAGCUGUGCUGUUAGUUUCUCUGGUCUAAGACGGACGGACGGACGGAUGGAUGGUUUGAUAGAUGGCAUGUGCGCUUUGUUCCGUCGCUCUUCUGCACUCAAGGCUGCCAAAAGCUUUCUCAGACGCAUGAUGUGCACCAAAUGGGUUCCCUCUCUCUCUCUGUGAGCGUUGUUCAUUUGGGCUUUAGUUCUGUGAAUCCCCCCCUCAGCCCUCGUCACUUUUUAUAGUUCCCAGUUUGUUCCUCACUGUUGAUGCCUUGGAUGUUUUGAUGCUUUUUAUCUUGAAAUGACAAUCAAUUUUACACUGUUGUUGUUUUUGUUUUUUAUAAAUAUAUAUACAGGUAAACGUUACUUUUUCUGCCUGUGUCGCUAUAUAUGGUUAAUGUUGUUUUUGUGAAUAUUCUUGUUGAUGAUUAUUAUUAUUAUUAUUAUUAUUAUUAUUAUAAUAUCCUGGUUUUGGCUGCAAUUUAAUUGAGCGCUUUUCUGUACUUGUCCAUAGCUUUUUUUCUUUUCUCUUUUUUUUUUUUAUUUAAAC